AUGAUGAAAUAUUUACUCUACAUCUCGUGUCUGCUGACCUAUUGCGACCCCACAUCAUUAAGAAACAUCGAAUGCAACUACGAAUUCAAGCAAUAUACCAGUAUUGGAUUCAUUUUCAAUUGCCAAGUCAAUACUGAUCCACAAAUAACAUCCAGAAGUUCCUCGGCAGUAACAUUAAUCCACAGCAGAGGUGCCGAAGUCAAUGAUCGAGUCAUUGGGUUCUAUAUUUACGAAAAAAUAGUCAAUUACUUCCCUAAAGGAUUGGAAAAACUGUUUAAAAAUCUUAAGGCAAUUUUUAUUGGAAGUUGUAAAUUGAAGGAAGUGACUCAGGUUGAUUUGAAACCAUUUCCAAAGCUGGCUUACUUACAAUUGAGUUUAAAUUUGAUUGAGGUCAUUGAGCCUGGUUUAUUUGACUUUAAUCUGGAAUUGCAGCUGAUAAACUUUGCAAGUAAUAACAUUUUGCAUGUCGACUCAAAUGUUUUUGACAAUUUACCUAAAUUAACUUACUUGUGGUUUCAUGGAGUUCCAUGUUAUGAUAAUAUUAUAGCAGAUCCAAAAAGUCCUCAAGAAAUUAUUCAAUGGUUGAAAAGUGUCUGCAAAGAUCCUGAGUUUUUAGCUUUGAGUCGAAAGUUUGAGGAUUUUGAGGAUGAAAUUAAAGGUUUAAAUUUUGAUAAUUUUGAGGUUAGGUUUUCGAGCUUUACGAAUGAGGUUAGAGGUUUGAAGUUUUUUGGGACUUCAUAUUUCAAUCACAGGCUUGUUGCUUUAAAACACUCUUACAAAGCAUCAACAUUGAGCACAUCUGAGGGUCCUUUGGAGAUCCACAGUAAAGCUAAAAUUGAACCUACAAGCUCCACAGUCUUGAGAGGAUCUAAAAGUUGUGAAAACUGCUGUAAAAUUGACGAAAAUUUAGAUUUAAGCUUUAAAUUUGGUAAUUUGAGUCUGGCAAUAAAUUAUCUAAAGUCAUCGCAAGUUGAGGUUGUAGAUUCACUGAAUGAGAUUAAAAUGACUGUAAAUUCACAAGGUAUAAAGCUUGAUGACCUUCAAGAAUCUCAAAAUAUUCUCAAAACCUCUGUUGAUACCCAAAACUCCAUCAACGACCUAAAAUCAUCCCAAAACGCUUUACAAUCCCUUCAAAAUGACACAAAAAUCACCCUCGAUGCCCUCAAGACCUCACAAAUAUCCCUCAAAUCCUUACAAAACCAACUCAAAGCCUCCCAAAACGAGGUACUUAGCAGCCUUGAAGACACGAAAACAUCAAUGAGUGACAUUGAAACAUCAGUCAACAGCAUUAAGGCAUCACAAAAUGAAGCCAAAUCAUCGCUUAACAAGCUCAGAACAAGUCAGAAUGGAAUUGAAAAUUCGCUCACCAAAAUGUCUGAAAAUGAAGAUUUUGAGGAAAGUUUGAAGAAGAUUGAUGAAAAAUUGGAAAGUUUGGAUGUAAAAUUUGGGGAAAAAUUGAAAGAAAAUAAUGAAAAACUUGAGGAAAUCAAGCUGGAAUUAGCAAGCACUCGUCAAAAAAUGUCAAUAAAUUUUGAUGAAAAGAUUAAAGGAAUUGAAAAGCGGUUGAGUAAAAAGUUUGAGGACAUUUUAGAGGAACAGCUUGGAAAAGUUUUGGAUGAAAAGUUUGCAAUGCUUUUAAAUGCUUAA